AAUGAAACUUCGCUUUAUUAUUAUUGCACUUCAUAAACUGUUAUCUAAACAUAUGCUAGCCAUAUAAAAUAAAAAUAAGAACGCACGCAAUUAAUACGCCAACUUGCUGUGCCGCACACAGAACGCGUAACGCAAUAAUUGUGUUCGCAGUUUAGUCGCCAACAACACUUGUUUAACAUCAAAACAAAGCAAUAUUUGAACUUACAUUCUAUUGUUUUUUUUUUUCAAAUGCCAUAAAUUAUUAAUAAAUCAUAAAAGAAAUUUUUUGUGCCUAACUAUGCUACUUCAAAGAGAAAAAUUCUAUUUGUUAAAGAUUAAAACAUAAUUUUAUGACUCAACAGCUUUGGGCCUUAUCAAUAAACAUCUGUUUGUUUCAAUUCCAUUAUAUCAUUGAAAUCAAAUUGAAUGUAAAAAAAAAUCGACCGCAGAAUAUAAAAGGCAAUUGGCAGGUCGGCGUAUUUAAAACGAAAAUGUCUGCGCUCUUUGUGAAUAUAUUACGGCAGGCUUUGAAAACGUUCGAUCGUACAAAUCAAGCAACAUUCGUUAGUAAUUUCAAUUUGUUGAAGCAAUUGACAGAUCAAUUGACGUAUCGUGAUAUACAUCUAAAUCGCGAGGAGCUACUUAAUGAUGAGAAAUAUGAAAAACCGGAAAAUGCUCCGUGCACAUUCAUGCACAUUUUUGAGAAUGAUACCGUCUCUAUGAGUGUAUUCGUUAUGCGAGGCAAUUAUACAAUGCCAUUGCACGAUCAUCCUUGCAUGCAUGGAAUACUUAAGGUACUACAUGGCCACUUGGAGAUACAAUCCUACACGCAGAGACUGAAAGAUAAUGAAACAGUUCUUUAUCAACCGGAUGCAAAAGAAGUACAAGUCCAAAAAGAAGAGGCCCGUUUAGUUGAUACACAAAUGGAAUGCGUGGUGUUAACGCCUCGAAAACGUAACUAUCACGAAAUAACGGCUGUAAAUGGGGUAGCAGCGUUCUUUGAUAUUUUAGCUCCACCAUACGAUGCCGAUAUACCUGAUUAUGGUCCAAGAAAAUGUAAUUUUUACCAAACAUGCGAUAUAACGAAAAAAAGAUGUACAACAACGCCCGGUGAAACAAAAGACGAUGAAGUUGUUUAUCUGGAGCGCAUAUCCACGCCAGUAACAUACUAUUGUGAUACCAAGGAGGCCGAUGAAGCGGUGUUCGUGUGUUGCCAAGAAGCUUACAGUUCAAGUAGUUUAGAAGACAAUGGCAAGAAAGAGGAAGAAAACCAAAAACUAUAAAUUGAAUAAAAUCGAUUCUUAAUUGUGUAUAUAUUUCAACCAAUGCAAUGUAAUGCAAUACAGAAAAGCCGACGUGAAUUCUGAAAAAUGUAUGUCAUUGUUUGAUUUGUGUUUAUGUAUGUAUGUAUGUAUGUAUGUAUGUGUAUAUACUGAUUGAUUGAAUUGAUAGCUGACCAGUAAUUAAGAAUUAAAUUAUUAAACCAAUAGUAAAAGUUUUUAUCAAUUUAAAGAAUUUCACAGACUUAAUGUAUCCCCGCAUAUACACGAAUAAAAAUAGGAAUAAUAAAAAUUUCAUUUAUUGUAAA